CAGCUCUUGCCGUUUAGGGAGCAUCGACGAAUUCCAUUCCCGAAGAAACUUAGGGAUCCGAUGCCAAGUAUUAUUGCAAGCGUCAUCUUCAGUUGUUCACUUCCGUAUUACUUGCAUCUUCCCGUGACUAAGACGGGAGGUUGGGUUGCGUCUCCAGACCGUUAUUACAUUAUUUACACCAGCGUCCACGCCUAAACCAACCCUGGCUUUUAGUUGACUUUUCUGUCAGGCACCAGCGCAGCCAGCUUUGUUUCCCAUCAUGCUCGUUGGCACAUGGAGCUGAGUGGACCCCCCAGAUGCUGCUACUGGUGCCGCUGAUUUGGCAGGAGAGGAGACCAGCGGGGACAGGGAAAGAGACGGAGGUGACAGGCAGCAGCAGCCAUGCCUCUUUUUACAUCCAACCCGUUUGAUCCUGAUGUAGAGAAAGCAACUAGCGAACUCAACACGGCCGAGGACUGGGGACUUAUCCUGGAUCUUUGUGAUAAAGUCGGUCAGUCACGAACAGGACCUAAAGACUGUCUGCGGUCCAUAAUGAGGAGAGUGAACCAUAAAGAUCCCCAUGUGGCAAUGCAAGCACUUACUUUACUCGGAGCCUGUGUGUCAAACUGUGGAAAGAUCUUUCACUUAGAAGUAUGCUCCAGAGAUUUUGCAAGUGAAGUAAGCAGUGUUUUAAAUAAGGGACAUCCAAAGGUAUGCGAGAAGUUAAAAGCUUUGAUGGUCGAAUGGGCUGAAGAGUUCAAAAAUGAUCCUCAACUGAGUUUAAUAUCGGCUAUGAUAAAGAAUCUCAAGGAGCAGGGAGUCACUUUCCCUGCAGUUGGCUCCCAGGCUGCAGAGCAAGCAAAGGCCAGUCCAGCAUUAGUAACUAAGGACCCUGGAACAGUAGCUAUUAAGAAAGAAGAAGAGGAUCUUGCAAAAGCAAUAGAAUUAUCACUAAAGGAGCAAAAGCAACAAAGCACCGUUUCGGGUCUAUAUCCCAGCACCAGCCUGUUGACCGCACUUAAACCUGAGGGGAGAAAAGUGCAGGCUAUUUAUGACUUUGAGGCUGCUGAGGAUAAUGAAUUGACUUUUAAGGCAGGUGACAUAGUUACGGUGCUGGAUGACAGUGACCCCAACUGGUGGAAAGGCGAAACGAACGAAGGAACUGGACUCUUUCCCUCUAAUUUUGUCACAGCCGACCUUUCUGCUGAGCUGGAGAUUAUAAAAACAGAUAAGAAAACUGUGCAGUUCAGUGAUGAAGUUCAAGUAGAGACAAUUGAGCCGGAACCUGAGCCAGUUUACAUUGAUGAGGAUAAAAUGGAUCACUUACUACAAAUGCUUCAGAGUGCAGAUCCAACGGAUGGUUUGCCAGACCCUGCAGAUUUACUUCACCUGGAAGCCGCUUGCCAUCAGAUGGGACCCUUAAUAGAUGAAAAACUUGAAGACAUUGACAGGAAACACUCUGAACUCUCAGAGUUAAAUGUUAAAGUAAUGGAAGCACUCUCCUUCUAUACCAAGUUAAUGAAUGAGGACCCCAUGUAUUCUAUGUAUGCGAAGAUGCAGAACCAACAGUUUUACAUGCAGUCAGCUGCUGUCCCGCCUCAACAGUCCUAUCAGGGCCCCCAUCCGAACGCUGCCUAUCUUGUUACAGGGAACACUCAGAUGGGUCACAUUCAGACCUACCCAGUCCCAGCAGAACAACUUCCUUCUCUAAAUCAGGGAGCCGUUGCACACCCUGCAAGCUCUGAGCUGCCCAGCCAAUCCCAGCAAGCUUCUUAUAAUCCUACAGUGAUCAGUUCUACAACAGGAAAUAUAUAUAUGAAUCAGGCCACAGGUCAUAGCCUGAAUCCUGCCUCCAGUGCUGCUUAUCAGAAUGGAAUCGGUACUCCCCAGGUACAAAGCUAUACACUAACCUCAUCAGGAAGUGUAGAUCAUCAACAGAGCGACGCUCAGAAUGCUCUCCUAUAGGAAUUUAAACUCUGGACUUCGAAUAUUAAUAAUUCAAUGAACCCACAAUGUGACCUCUUGUGUAAUCUUGUCUUUUUCCAAUUUCAAAAUGUAGUUGACAAUUCUGUUGUGCACUGAUUUGACAGCUUUAUUUAUCUACGGAAAACACUAAAACUGGAGAGAAUACAACAAUUAAUCGGAACCUUUACAAAGGUCACACUUUUCAUGGUGGGCAAAUGGCAAGGUCCUGUGUUUUGUUUGUGAUCAUAAUAUGCUUGUCCGUUUCAGCUCCGAUAAUGACUCUCUUCCCCAUGCACUAUGACAAGAUAUAACGUGGUGAACUUUUAUCUGUUAAGUAUUAAGAAUAUCGGCGUAAUUGCUCCAUAGGAUGCGAUUACAUGGAUAAAGUAGGAGGAGCGAUAAUGUGCGACACCUCCUGUUAGAGAUAUUAUUGACGUCACUGUGGUGCAGUACGUAACUAAGAUAUAAACACGAGCAACGAGUAUGUAAUUCAGUUAACACAUCAUAGGGAUCUAAUCUUCAUUUUCAUCUUUUACUUAAAGGGGACUAAAGCUUGAUGGUGAAUUAGACUAAAAGUGCCGAUUUCCGGUUACUGUAGGAGCCCAGAUGUAUAGCUAAGGUACAGUUCACCCUAGCAUUGAAGAUUCAUACCUACAUAGUUGACCCAGGAGCCGUCUCUCUAAUUUCUGGUCAGGCACGGGGCAUGUUCAGCUAUCAACA